AGUACUGCCGUUUUUUCCCUUUUGUACAGAACUCGAGAGCGAAAAAAAGGAAUUGCACUAAAGAAACACCAGAGAGGAGGACGUGUCCGUGGUUAAGCUGGUUGUUAUCAGUUUCACAUUGUGAGCUGAAGGAAGGAAGAGAAAGAAGAGCUGAUGGACGUGUCAGUCGGGCCGAUGCGUGUGUUGGUGACGGGCGGCAGUGGAUUGGUGGGGCGAGCGAUAGAACGGGUGGUGAACGAGGGCGAACGGAGAGAAGGAGAAGAAUGGAUAUUCCUGUCAUCCAAAGAUGCCAAUCUUGUGAGCGCUGAAGAGACGAGAGCAGUCUUUCAGAAACAUCGUCCAACGCACGUCAUUCAUUUGGCCGCCAUGGUUGGAGGACUCUAUAAAAACAUGAGACAGAACCUUGACUUCUGGAGGAAUAAUUUACACAUCAAUGACAAUGUGCUGCAAAUGUCUCAGGAGUUCGGGGUGGUGAAGGUCAUUUCCUGCCUGUCUACUUGUGUUUUUCCAGAUAAUACCACUUACCCUCUAGAUGAGACCAUGAUGCACAACGGUGUCCCCCAUGAGUCUAAUUAUGGUUAUGCCUACGCCAAACGCAUGAUUGACGUCCACAACAGGGCGUUAUUUCAGCAGUACGGUUUGAAAUACACAGCCGUCAUCCCCACCAACAUGUUCGGACCCCAUGAUAACUACAACAUUGAGGACGGUCACGUGAUGCCAGGACUGAUCCACAAGACGUACCUGGCCAAGAAGGAAGGUAAACCUCUGCAGGUCUGGGGUUCGGGUCGUGCUCUGCGUCAGUUCAUCUAUUCUCUGGAUCUGGCUCGUCUGUUUCUGUGGGUUCUGAGGGAGUACGACGAGGUGGAGCCCAUCAUUCUCUCAGUCGGGGAGGAGGAUGAGUUGACUGUAAAGGAGGCUGUGGAUGCUGUGGUUGAAGGAUUCGGGUUCGAAGGGGAAGUUAUUUAUGACACUAGUAAAUCAGACGGUCAGAUCAAGAAAACCGCCAGUAACGCCAAACUACGCAAAUACCUGCCAGACUUCAAGUUCACGCCGUUCAAACAAGCCAUCCAGGAGACUUGUGAUUGGUUUGCAGCCAAUUAUGACUCCGCCCGUAAAUAAAGAUCUACACAUCUGAUUGGCUGUGGGGAGACAUUUUUUAUCAAAUGUUUAAAUAUUCUGUAAUGUUCAAAAGCGUACAAUUAUUUAGCUCUCAUUUCAGGUUUUAAUAAAAC